UGUCGUGCAUUUAGUGCCCGCGCGCAGCUUCACACAGACGCACGUGUUUUGCUAAUAAAAACUAUUAAAUAAUAAUUAUUUUUAUUAUGAACUAUUAUUAUUAAAGUGCACUAUGUUUAAACCGUGGAUUUGUCUGUUUGUUCUUGGAGUCGCUGUCUGCUCAGUGACAGCACAAGACUACUGGGACAACUACGAAGAAUUCUGGUCGAAAGAAGCUUUAGAUGAUGAUCUCGGUGUUGCUGACGCCAUAAAUAAACAAGAUGAUGAUGUGGUUCCUGUAGAUGAAGAAAUCGACGGCUUUAAAGAACCUGCAGACACUGCUGAUGCAAUAGAUCCUGAUGUUAAAGGCGAUGACGUCCCAUUAGAUAAUGUUGCUGACGCUAGUAACGCAAAUGAUGACACGAAAGACGAUGAUGUCCUUGAUACUAGAGAAAAUGACCAAGCCGUUCAAGAAGAAAUCGAACAGUUUAGAAAAGAACUAAAGCAGCCUGAAGCCGAUGUAGUUGAUCCCGAUGACUAUCAGUUUGAAGACAAUAGGUCAGAUGUCAAAGAUGAAGCAGCUCAAGAAGAGAUUGAAGCUGCUCUUCCAAAUGACAAUGAUAGAAAUAUAGAUCCUGAAUAUAUGGAUGAAGACGCGUUCCCUAUUUUACCAGGAGCCAUAGCUUUAGACGAGGACCAAAUUGUUGAUGAUGCUAAAAAAUUGCUAGAAGAAGAAGACAGUCCAUUCGAAGAAGAUAUGGAAGAAAAUCAACCUCAGAACGCCGACGAGGAGACACAGGUGGAAAGUGAACCUAAACUUGAGGAAACAAUACUCGAUGCAGUACAGCCUGACCUCGCGGAUGACUCAUUCGACGACACAAUCAAAGAAAAACAAAUCAAAGACAUUGAUAACUUUUUAGAUGAAGAUAAAAAUAAUGACGAAAAUGAAGAUGUACCGGAAGAAAAUGUUGUUGCUGAGGAACCACCUCUACCCAAUUUAGCUGACGAUAUGGUUGAGCUGGAUGACAAUGAUGACGAACUUAAAGACAUUUCAGAAGAGGAGGAUAACAUUUUAAAUGUUAAUGUUCUUGCUGGUCAAAAUGAAGAUGUUGUUGCUGAGGAACCACCGGUACCUGAAAUAUCUGAUGAUAUGGUCGAAUUGGAUGACAAAGACGACGAACUUAAAGACAUUUCAGAAGAAGAGGAUAACAUUUUAAAUGUCGAUGUUCUUGCUAGUAAAAAGGACGAUGUUGUUGCUGACAAAAUUGACGAUGAAAUAAUUGAGGAUCAUGACGAUGAAAUGCUUGAGGACAAUGCUGAUGAUGACAUGGAUGUCCCUCUUGAGAAUAAUAACAAAGCAUUACCAGAAGGUGACCAGGUUGCAGAGGAUGAAGACACGGUGGAUAAAGUUUAUGCAGAUCUCCAUGCUGACUUAGCCAAACUAUUCGAAACUUGGGAUAAGCUACAAGAUGACUCUGAAGAAGAUACUGAUGUAUUAGAAUAUGAAGAAAAAUUCGGAAAACCUUUUAGAGAAGACAUUGUACUGUCACAAAGGGAUGAUUAUGACAACUACUACGACAACGCCGACGACGUCGAUACUAACCUAGAUGAUAUAUUUGCUGACAAAUCAAAAGCAGAAAGUGAAGAAAAUGUUGAAGUAGAUGAGCCUCUCUUUCCUUUUGAUGAUGCCCUUGUGAAUUUACCGAACGACGAGAAAGAAAUUUCUUUGGAAAAUGAUGCUUUUAUUGCCGAUGCACCGGAGAAGAAGAGUGAGGAAAUCGUUAAUGACGCAAAGAUUGAACAGCCUCCAACCUCUCCUCAAAUCGUGGCUGACACAUCAAGCCCAGAAACUACCACCGCAGUCACUAUUACUCCAGAAAAAUAUGAUGAAAUGAUGGCUGAUUUUGCUAAAGGCAUAGCAAAUGAAUUAGACACUCAAAGGGAAGAUUUUGGAAAGAACAUAGCAGCGAUUCAUCUGACUUUAAGUGCAGAAGAAGCUGUAGAAAUAACAUCUCCAAACUAUCCUAGUGCUUAUCCUACGAACAAUGUUGUUGAUUGGGUUCUGGAAGGUGAUGGAAGUGGCAUAGAACUCAACGUUACAGACUUGGCAGUCAGAGGAGCUCAGAACGAUUACCUUCUGAUCAAACCAGGUGGCGUCGACAGCACUGGCACCGACGGGCUGGUAUUCUCCUUCCACCUCAGCGAGCCCCGCAGCUACCGGUGGACUGAGGUCGACCGGGUCUUCGUGCGCUUCGUGUCGGGCACAGGGCUCAAUGUCCAGAGAGGGUUCCACAUGAGUGUGAAAAUGAUAUGGCCACCCAUCAUCGAGGAGGAAGAGGAGCCGGAACCUGAACCUCUCCUGCCUACACCGCCGGCAACCUUCACCGUGAACCUCGGAGGAGUAUCGGUCCAAGAGUUCAUGGAGCUUGAAGAUGAGUUCCUUCGCAUCAUAGCUGACAUGGCCACGAUGUACAUUAAUGCCAAUGGGCUGGAACAGGGACUGAAUACUACCACGGAGGUCGCCCAGAUAACAUCGAUUAGACACUGCAACAUCAAUUGGGUCAAUUUCGAGGGGUGUGUAGACGUCACCUUUGGAAUUCCACUUGUCUACGAAGACCAGGAGAGCAGCAGGUUGAAUGAGGAAGACCUUGCGGCUAUGUGGGAGACGUAUGUGGACCAGGACCCCUUCGCGCAGAGGUUGAGCAGCUUGGGUAUCAGUGUGUUCCCAGUACCCAACGACGGCCAAGUCCUAAUGGCGUGGAUGGUGCUGGGUGUGGGAGUGAUUAUCUCAGCAGCCAUGCUGGCCUUCGCGCUGUGGCGGUACAGCUGUUUCGACUCUUACACCAGAAUGAAGUCCUUCAGCGACACAGACAGUAUUCGCGACGAGAAGCGCGACCUGGACCUGUACCCCACCCCCCACCAAACGCUGCCUCCCCUCUACGCAGACAAUGACUACAAGUGGGCUGACGCCAAAUAUGAAGACUCCACACGGGUGGACAUGGGUGGCUUCACCAACACAAGUUAUGUCCGUGACGAGCUGUUUGACAUCGACUCUGAUGAAGACGUCGUCACUCCUCGGGAUGGGUACACGACAGAAGUGUAGCCGGGUUGUAUACAAAAGCUGUGUAUAUAACGCUUGUAUAUAGUUGAAAUGCCGGCAUUACUCCUAGAAAUAUGUACGAAGUGUAACCCGUGCGCAGUAGUAAGUAUAAAACAUCCUUUGAAAGUUGAUUGACAUCAUAAUGAUUCAUAAAGCAAUAAGUUAAUUGACACCUUUUAUAAACACACCUCAAUAAUUUUAUGUAAAAUACUCAUACAUAAAAAGUAACACUUAUAUAAUAAAUAGCUGGUUACAAAAAAUAAGGAAACUAUUAUGAGAAUUUCCUACAUUCAUUCAAAUAUCUAUCAUCAAUUUUCAUUUAGAUAUUGUAAAUAUAUAAUUAUUUUUGUUGAACUUCUCUACCGUCUAAAACUACUGCAACUUCGUGACCUGCAUUUUUGGUAAUUAAAAAAUAAUUUUAGUACAAAUGACUUGCCAUUUUUAUUUUUUAGUAAAAAGGCCAAGCGAUUUUUUUUAAAGAAAUCUUACGAAAUACAGCAAUAAGAUAGGACAAUGUUUAUAAGGGGUAUCAACAACUACUUGUUUGAAAUCAAUGACAGUAAAGAAUACUUUUGUUUAUUUAUUAACCUUCUUUUAAACUGUAAUCAAUUCAAAUCACGCCAACAAAAUUGUAUAGAUAAGUACCUAUUUAAAAAAUGUACAUACGAAAAUUGAAUUGAUUAUGGUAUUAAAGCAUAAAAAUCAAAUGUCGAACAUAAAAUGUUAGUGUAAAUCUUAUAAAUUUAAUGUAUACCAAAUGUUGUGAUUAUGUGUAAAGUAAAAAAAAUAUGUAAUUAAUUACCAUAAAAGUUUUAUUUUUUAAUUUUGUUUCUUUUAUUUUAUUAAUAAAAAAAUAUUUUAA